UUAAGUACUUGCAAGACCAAAUGUAUAUUUAACAUAAAUUAAGUAAAGUAACGUAGUACACAAAAACAGAAUUACGAUGUGCAGCUGAUGGGAAAAAACCUACCACUCUUAAAUUAGUGCGUGGGAAAAAUCGAUCCACAAACUGUUUGCAAAGAACAUGAAAAAUGUUGGCUUAACCGAUAAACUAUGACAAAAACAAGUUCACUGUGAUACAUUUUUGCAGUACAAAUUAGUUAACAACAAAACACUUAGUAUAGUUCAAAAGAACCAACUUUCAACUAUACACCUAUUUUUCGAGUGCAAUAAUAAAAUUUUCGCCAAGAUUCUCAACUAACUCAUCUCGAAACAUUCCUGCGCAACAUAAAACAACAAAAUGGCUGUAAAAACGUACUAGGCCAGCCCUCACAAUGUCUGUCCCUGUACGCUACUCUGCUGCCGCCGAAUACGCCGUCGUUGAUAGUGGUUUGGAUAAUACUCUAACCCAAGAAGAGCAAUACCACCAACAACAACAGCAACUGCACCUGCACCAGCAACAGCUCGAGCACCAGCAACUGCAAUACGCGCAAUACCAACAGCAGCAACAGCAGGAGGAAGAGGAGGCUCUAUUGUAUUGCCAAUUGCAGCAACAGCUGGAGGCAGAGCAGCAGGCGCUGGCGUUGCGGCAGCAGCAGGAGCAGUUGAUGCAGCAGCGGUCAUCGAUGUUGAUGUCCUCAACGGUUAUGCCAUCACUUGAUUUGCCCCACAACAACAACCACAACAUCACCAACAACAAUAGCAACCACAACAUCAACAACAACAACAUGGAUGCAGUUAGCAUCAAUGCAAUCCUGGUCGAUGAUGAACAACCAUCCACAUCGGCUCAGGCAGCGGCGGCUAUUUUGAGGGGCGAAUCAAUUAAUGGUGAUGGCAUGAACUUGGUGGAUCAUAAUACAGAGAUGCCAACUGAUUGGAUGAGGAUUGCGGACGAGGGCCGGUAUGGGACACCGGGUGCUGCUGGCUUGGAAUAUCAGAAGUACGAACAACAACAACAGCAAACACUGGAAACAGAAGCAGCAGCUGGACAAGGAGCUGGAGCUGGAGCAGGAGCUGGAGCAGCAGAGCCCACAGCGCUCAAAAUCCUAGAGGAUCAAUUACAUGCGCUCAGUUCGGAUGAGCUGUACGAGACCCUGAAGGAGUACGAUGCACUGCAGGAUAAAUACCAUACAGUACUGUUGCUUCCCAAGGAGUCGAGGCGUGAGGUGACUGCCGGCGGACGUGAUGGAUCGGCGUAUGUGCUGCGUUGUCUGAAGAUGUGGUACGAGCUGCCAUCGGAUGUGCUGUUCUCGGCGAUGAGCCUGGUGGAUCGUUUUCUCGAUCGCAUGGCUGUUAAGCCUAAGCAUAUGGCCUGCAUGAGCGUUGCCUCCUUCCAUUUGGCCAUUAAGCAGCUGGACUUGAAGCCCAUACCAGCCGAAGAUUUGGUUACAAUAUCUCAGUGUGGUUGUACCGCUGGCGAUCUGGAACGCAUGGCCGGCGUCAUUGCCAACAAACUGGGCGUACAGAUGGGGCAUGCCCCGAUCACAUCCGUUAGCUACCUGCGCAUCUAUUACGCACUCUUCCGCAAUUUGGCUAAGCAAAUUGGUGGGGAUUUCUUUAAGUUCUAUCAGCAACUCAUUAAAUUGGAGGAACUGGAGAAUCGCUUGGAGAUCUUACUGUGCGAUGUCAAGACGACCGUGAUAACGCCAGCGACAUUGGCUCUAGUGCUCAUCUGCCUGCAUCUGGAUUUCCACAUUAAGGAGUCGUACACACGCGGCAGUCCCGAACUGAAGCAUGUCUUUGAGUACAUACUCUAUCUGCAGGAGUACAUGAGGAUACCCGAUCGCGUUUUUACCUGCGGCUUUAGCAUUGUCUCGGGCAUUCUGUCCCAUUACAAUGGACAGAAUAAGGCGCCCUACAAGCAGCGGCUUGUCUGGAAAUUAUCCAGUCGCACGCUGCGCGUCCUGCGCCCGAUCAAUCGUUUCUCAUCCGAUUUGCCCACCAUUGAGGAGGGCAUAUCGAAUGCUCUAGACGAUGGCCUGCGUUCAAGAACCGAGAGUAUUAGCUCCGAGGAGGAGGAGGACUGGCCAACUUCACCCAUUAUUCCAAUUUUCGAACAAUGUUAGUAGCAUCUACUCACCCCCAGCAGCAGCAGCAAAUUUGAGCAGCAACGAAGCAAACAGCAAACAGCACCCAAAAGUCAAGAAACAACGGACAAGUUUUGGGUAGCCGGAUCGAAGCAGGUGCAGCA